CUGACUCACCGCUGCCUUGGUUUCCAUAGCAACAGUUUGGUAUCCCCAAACAAAGCAGCCAAAAAAACUUCGCCCUUUGCUUCACAACUUCUCUGUAACCUCGAAUAUAACUCGCUGCAGACCUCGCAAGACAGACAGACAGCUCCAGUCACUGCUGUGGGCUGAACGCUUGGCUGAAGCUGAAAAGGAUCCUCACUGAAGCAGCGAAUGUGACAAGCCACCAUGGUACGCCUGACCAUAGAUCUGAUCGCUAAAUCUAGAAACCACUUCAAAAAGAAAAGGGGCCUCUCCUUGCCGGAGUACCUCAAGACACUUACCCACCUCCACUUUUUCAGCAAGAAUAUCGAGGAUAUUGGUGAUCUGUCCAUGUGUAGAAACCUCACUGUUCUCUACCUGUAUGACAAUCAGAUCACACAUAUCUGCAACCUCGGCUUUGCUUACAACCUCACCCAUCUGUAUAUGCAGAACAACAACAUCUCACAAAUAGAUAAUCUCUCUAACCUUCAGAAGCUCUCCAAGCUGUAUCUUGGUGGAAACAGGAUUGCAGUGGUGGAGGGCUUAGAGCAGCUCAGUGAGCUUAAGGAGCUUCAUCUGGAGAAUCAGAGGCUGGCACCAGGGGAAAAGUUGCUCCUUGACCCCAGGACUCUCCGUUCUCUCGCUGAAUCUCUCUGUGUCUUGAAUAUCAACAACAACAACAUUGAUGAAAUCCGGGACCUGGCAGUGCUGAAGGAAAUCCAGCAUUUUUCUGCUGCUGACAAUAAAUUUCACAAUAUGGAGGAGUUGGAGUAUGUGUUCAGCCACUGGCCUCGGCUACUUCAAAUGGAUUUGAGUGGAAAUCCUGCGUGUAAAAAAACGAAGUACAGAGACCGCCUGAUAACCGUGUGCAAAAGACUCGAGAUUCUCGAUGGCCGGGAAAUUAAUGAGUUGACCAGACAGUUUCUUAUUAACUGGAAAGCAUCCAAAGAGGCCAAGAAGAAAAAAAACAACAAACACAUGCUGACUGGACCGCUGGUCCCCCAUCCCUUAACAAAUGACUUUAACGUGGGUCAGGGUCCACAUCCUGGUCACAUCUACAGCAACGCUAACGUGCAGAGAUGGCAGCCGCACCAGUCUCUCAGGGCACAAAAAUUAAAGAUUCCUAUGAGUAGACUACUCAACCAUAUGGCUGUGUCAUCAGCCAUCUGCAGUCCUGUGGAUGCUUGAGACAAACUCUCCACCUACUCUUCACACACACACAAUUUAACCGCAGCACAAGACUGGUGCUACUGCUUUGUUUAAGCAUCUUGGUCAUCAUAAUAGCAGUGAAUCUUUUAUCCUUUUAUAUUUGACAGGACAGAAAACUGUGUGAUGUCCAUAGCUGCAGUCUCUUCUGAGUUACUGCAAUAUUCUUGACGCAGUGGAUGAAAUAGUUGGUCUGGUUUAUAAGAUUAACAUUUUUACUGUCAAAAAACUAUGUUCAAAUGUUUUGAUUUUAUCUUUCUCUGUCACUUAAUCUACACUGCUGUAAAUUAGUUAAAAGGUCUGGAAAUUGUCUGCUGUUGUUAAAAAAUUUAACAGUAAAACAGUGAAUGAAA